UUUUGUUUGACUUCGAUAAAGAACACCGAAUUUUUAAAAUAAAUAUCUUUUGUCACCAUAUAAUAACAGUUCAGAGUUUCUCACUUCUUCUUCUUCAUGACUUCAUCAAUGGAGGAAGACGACUCGAUUUCUCCUGAAUCAAUCUCUCUCGACACUCUAGCUUCUAUUAGGUCACUCAUUAUCAACGCCGACACUUCCGACUCGGUGAUUUCCUCGGUGUUCGAUUUCCUUACUGGUCUUCUGAGCCGAGGGAACUCGGCGAUUCUUCACCAUGUCCUCAAGCUACUCUCCGACCUUGCUUUCCGGCGAAAGGAAUUAGCACCACAAAUCUUCGAUUCAAUCCUGUCCAACUUACUCCGCCUUCAUAACACCGUCGCUGAGGCGAGCCACGAACGCGCCGCCGUGGAAUCGCUUGCGGUGCUUGCGUCAUUAUCCGAACGAACCCCUAGCAUCGCCGCCGCGCUUUCCAAAAUCGACGACGAGGUAUUUGCGUCGAUUUGCCUCGGAGCACCUAUAUCUUCUCGGCUGUGGCUACUUAGGAACGCGGAUAGGUUCAAUGUUCCGUCGUCUGUACUAUUCACCUUGUUUUUAGGGUUUAGUAAGGAUCCGUAUCCAUAUAUCAGAAAAGUAGCUCUCGAUGGACUGAUUAAUAUAUGUAACGCUGGUGACUUCAAUCACACUCAUGCCGUAGAAGGUUGCUAUACUCGUGCUGUUGAGCUUCUAAGCGAUGCUGAAGAUAGCGUCAGAUCUUCUGCAGUUCGUGCCGUCAGUGUGUGGGGCAAAGUGAUGAUAGCAUCCAAGGAAGAAGAGAUGAACAGAAGGGAUUGUACAGAUGCUGUUUUUCUCCAGCUUUGUUCUGUAGUGAGAGAUAUGAGUGUAGACGUGAGGGUUGAGGUCUUCAAGGCAUUUGGGAUAAUAGGAACUGCAUCAGAAAGCAUUAUAUUGCAAACACUUUCUAAAAAAGUAUUGGGAGCUGGAAAAGGGAAGAAACCGCAGAAUCUUCUUUCUAAUGGAUCAGCUGAUGUCAGUUCUGCAGCUGGAGUUUACAUCCAUGGUUUUGAAGAUGAAUUCUACGAGGUACGGGAAGCUGCGGUUGACUCCUUCCACUCCCUCUCAGUAAAUUCUAUCAAAUUCCCAGAUGAAGCUGUGUAUUUAUUGAUGGAUAUGCUAUACGAUGAUUAUAUGGUUGUGAGGUUGAAAGCUUUAAAGGCAUUGCAUCAUAUAGCAGACUUGGGGAACCUGAAGAUACAGGAAACUUAUAUGCCUGCCUUUUUGGAUGCUAUUGUUGAUACUUCUGAAAACAUAAGAGUUGAGGCUAGAAACAUUCUUAAAUUGGCAAAGCUGCCUGAUCUGAAGCUGGUCAACAAAUGUAUUGACGGUGUCCUGAAAAGUUUAGAGAUGUAUCCACAGGACGAACCUGAUAUCUUGUCUGCUCUGUUCCAUUUCGGACAAAACCACACAAAUUUCUUAGUCAGUAUGGUCAAGAGAUUUAGUGAAAAGUUAGGGACAGCUUCUGGAAGUAAAGCGGAAUUCAAUAGCCGGCAGUUAUCUGCUUCUCUGACGCUGAUAAUCUCAGCCCCUCUCUCAAACAAACAAAGCAUCACUUCGAUACCACCUCUGGCAUUUUCAUAUUCACUUGCAAUGCUGGGGAAAUUCUCUAGUGGACUUCAUGAUAUGAUGGACCAGGAUAUGCUUCUGGCUUACUUGACUCAUUGCGCUAUUCUUUCUUCUUCUUCUGGGACAGAAUUCAACAAAGGAGAUGUAUUUUUUCAUGCAUAUAGAGACAGUAAUGCAGAUCUUGCGGGAAACCCCGUCCUACUACCAGGUAAAGAUAUACCUGCUGAGAGCAAAUACAUGGCUUGCAAAGCAGAACUGGAAAUUGGAAAUCAAGCACUUAAGUUUGUUAACCAUAUACUGUUGAAAAUAAAGGCUGCCUGGCUGUUAUCACAAUCAGGGUGCUCGAAAGAAGCACUCCGAGCAUUGAGGUUUUAUAGCUUACAAUCUAUUGAUUUCCCAGCCUCUGUAUUACUGUUUCAUGUGUACUCUAAACUAAUGUGUUUCUUGUCAUCCUGUCCAGGGCUUGCAAACAGGAGUUAGCAACUUUGACAGCCGAUUCUUCAAUCUCCAAAGGUACAUUGGACUUUAUUUGUCAGUACGUUCACGUUAUAGAACUUCUCGUUCAAGUAUGGCCUCAUUUUAAUUACUCAAGACACAUCAGCACGUGUAGUUCUGUAGAAGUGGAACUACUGAUGGAAGAGGUAGAGAUAAAACUCAUGGAGAUAAGGUGUAGAUUCACAGGCCUGUCUACGGAGGAGUCAUUAGUAUUGGAGCUAGUAAUUUUUGGUUGCUUGUUAAGGCUAUAUAAAUUUGAGAUUUGCUGCCGCCUUAGCUGCAUGGAGAAGCUAUCUUCAACAAUAUCUCAAUUAGAGCUCCACCAUGAACAACAAUGCACCAAACCAUCAGAUUUUCUAACUGAAACUAAGAAGUCAUUGGAAGAGUUUGGGAGCUCUGACGAUAUAAAUAGCUGUAGACUGCUUGAUCUCAUCAAGAUAUUCAAAUGCUUCUCUCCGGAACAGUUUACGUUUUCUGUUAAUCUGCAGUGUGUCAGUGCAGAGGUAGAGGUUCCUGGUAAUGGUCCUUACAGUCCGAUUUCCUUUGUGCCUGGUCUCCCGGUGGCUAUACCGUGUGAGAUCACACUGCUUAAUGUGCCAAGAGAUACCUGUUUAUGGCUGAGAAUAUCAAGAAACGAUGAAACUUGCCAAUUUGUGUACUUGGAUCCAAACCUCUACAAUGGAAAUGGGAGAGAGAAGAGGUUCAUGUUUACUGCAGUAACGUACAUGACCCCAAGGGCUGUUGUGUUCACAUUGCGGGUCUCAAUAGGCAUUGAGUGUUUGUUUGAAGACAUUUGUUACAGAAAACAGCGUCAUGGUCCCAAGCAUCCAGUGGCCUAUCUGUGUAAGGAAAGAGAAAUUCACCUUUCUCUUGUUUCAAGAACCUAAAAUGUCAGUAAACGUACUAUGUGAGGUAUUCUUCACAUUAAUGAGUCUCCAGAGAGAACCCGUCAUGGCUUUAAAAGAGCUGGUAAUUUGGCUAAACGACUAAGAGGGUUGACAUGGGAUGUGCGAUGCUGCCGAACAUAGAGUUUGGAAGAAGAUUUAAAGUGUUACUACUUUUGUAGCUACUCAUUGAGACAAGUUUUUGCGAAAAUGCAAAGGCCAAUGCCAGUAACCAAAAACAAUAUAUACAACUUUGUUGUGAUAUGAAUAUGGGCGAUUUUCCAGAGCCAUAAAAUCAGUUGGGGAUAUGAAUAUGGGCGAUUUUUUUGUUGUGAGCUUGUCAAUAUAUACAAGUUUGUACAGUUUUAAAUAACAGUGACUCAAUAAAAAAAUUAGAAUACAUAUCUACGAGUUUUUGUUAUUGAA